AUGGAUCCAUUUUAUGAGGAUUACACUCCAACAACAAACAAUAAAGAUAUUAAAAUAUAUCGAAAUGGAGAUUCAAAUUUAUGUUGCACGGUAACAAUAAGAGAUAAUACGAAAUUUCAUGAAAUACGUAAAACACUGCAAUAAAAAUGGGACACUUAUUUUAAUCGUCUUCGUUUAUUCAACUAGGAAGGUGUGGAGAUAACAGAGGACGAUAUUGAUUAUAUAAAAAAUGGAACUGUGUUGUUUGCUUCUAAGGGUGAAGAAUUCGAUGAGAGUUUUUAAUUAGCAGAAUAUGAACAACUUCAAGACAUUGGAGAAGGAGGGUUUGGUAAGGUUGUUUUGGGUAGACACAAACAAACAGGAGAGAAAGUAGCAAUCAAAAUGGUGAAAUAAACAUUGACUAAUGCUUAAGAUGUUGAUAUGAUAUUUAGAGAGGCUAGAGCUCUUAAGUCUUUAAAGCAUGAUAACAUUGUUAAGAUUUAUAAUGCAUUCUUUUUACAAAAUUUGUAAACGGUGUAUAUAAUGGAAUAUUUGGAAGGUGGUGAAUUGCUUUAAUAUUUACAAACAAAAGGAAAAUUCGAGGAGAAUGAAGCAAGACAUUAUUUCAAAUAGCUUGUUAGUGCUAUUUCAUUUUGUCACUAAAAGAAAAUUAUUCAUAGAGAUUUAAAAUUAGAAAAUCUGUUGUUAACUAGCAAAGAUUCAGGUGUAAUUAAAUGCAUCGAUUUCGGUAUCUCUGGUUUUGCUUCAAAUGAUAAUCCUGAAAAUGCAGACGCAGGAAGUCUUCGAUAUAUGGCUCCAGAACUAUUGAAAGGAUUGGAUAAAGCAGUCUCUCCCUUAGUGGAUGUUUGGUCAAUGGGCAUAAUUCUAUAUGGAAUGUUAUUCGGAACUUUACCAUUUACUGGCAACACCAAUAAGGAAAUUAUCGCUUAAAUCUCAGAAGGUCGAGUAAUGAUCCCAACAGAUCUUAUUAACAAAUUGUCCCAAAAUUGUUAAGACUGUCUUUAUCGUGCUUUAGAACCAGACCCAAAAAAGAGAAUAACUUCAAUUGAGUUAUUAAAUCACCCAUUUGUGACAAAUGAAAAUACUCUCAGCACAAAUUCGAAUAGUACAAAUAAGCCCAAACUUUAAAAUUAAUUAUAGCAAAUCGAUGAGGUUGAAAUCCCUGUUCAAAAGUAAAUGUAAUCGGCAACUAAUAAAAAAUAAAAUCUUCAAUUUUCUAAAUAACAUCCUUAAAGUUCGAGACAAUUGACUCAGGCUCAAAAGAAAACUCCCUAAUAAUCCCCUUUAUUAUAAAAACAAUCAUAAUCAGUUGGUUAGACAACAAAGAUGACUAAGUUUAGUAAAAAGUGA